UUAAAAACACAGUACAUGAGCGGUUGUUUAAACAUUAGACUGGAGCGAUGGGAGUGUGAAAAGUGCGUGACGUGUGGCAAGGUCGCCCAGUCACAACGCAGCAGAGAGCAGCAUAAGAGACGGUCGCUGCUGGUCCCAGACACAUGCGGAGCCUGUUCCCUGACGCGUCACAGACCGCAACCUCUUCACACGGCCUCAUUGAACCUCUCUUCCUGCCUCUUCUGGACCGACAGACUCAUCAUGUCCAAAGGUACAGUGGUCCUGGCUUACAGUGGUGGACUGGACACCUCCUGUAUUCUGGUCUGGCUCAAGGAGCAGGGCUACGACGUCAUUGCCUACAUGGCCAACAUCGGACAGCAAGAGGACUUUGAGGCUGCACGGGAGAAGGCAGAAAGCCUAGGUGCAAAGAAAGUGUUUAUCGAGGACCUGCGGGAUGAGUUUGUGGAAGAGUUCAUUUGGCCUACAGUUCAGGCCAGUGCCAUCUAUGAGGACCGCUACCUGCUGGGCACUUCAGUAGCACGGCCCUGCAUUGCCCGGCGCCAAAUCGACAUUGCACGUCAGGAGGGUGCCCAGUACGUGUCCCACGGUGCCACCGGAAAGGGCAAUGACCAGAUCCGCUUUGAGCUCACAUGCUACGCCCUUCACCCUGAUAUUAAGAUCAUUGCUCCAUGGAGAAUCCCUGAGUUUUACACUCGCUUCCGUGGGAGAACAGACCUGAUGGAGUAUGCUCAGAAACAUGGCAUCCCUGUCCCAGUCACUCCUCGGGCACCCUGGAGCAUGGAUGCCAACCUCAUGCAUAUAAGCUAUGAGUCUGGAAUCCUGGAGAAUCCCAAGAACCACGCUCCAGCUGACCUGUACCUGAUGACCAAGAACCCAGAAGACACUCCCACAAAUCCUGAUGCACUGGAGAUAGAGUUCAAAGAAGGAGUUCCUGUCAAAGUGACUAACAUAAAGGACAAAACAUCCAAGGACACUCCGCUGGAUAUCUUUUCAUAUCUGAAUGAGAUAGGUGGAAAACACGGAGUGGGCCGGAUUGACAUUGUGGAGAAUCGUUUUAUCGGCAUGAAGUCCAGAGGGAUAUACGAGACCCCAGGAGGCACCAUCCUGUUCCAGGCCCAUCUCGACAUUGAGGCCUUAACCAUGGACAAAGAGAUACGCAGAAUCAAACAGGGUCUGAGUAUCAAGUUCUCUGAACUCCUCUACAACGGUUUCUGGUACAGUCCAGAGUGUGAGUUUGUGCGCCACUGCAUAGCAAAGUCCCAGGAGCAUGUGGAGGGCAAGGUGCAGCUGACAGUCUUGAAGGGCCAGGUCUACAUCCUGGGACGAGAGUCACCCAAGUCUCUCUACAACGAAGAGUUGGUCAGCAUGGACGUUCAAGGAGACUAUGACCCAUGUGAUGCCUCUGGGUUCAUCAAGGUCAACGCUGUCAGGCUAAGGGAACACCACCGUUUGCAGGGUUUGUCCAGCACCAAGAUCUAAUAUGGUGUCGUGAUGUGAACUCUCAGCCUUUCUUUCUCUCCACUUUGUCUUAAGCAGUCGUAAAUAUAGACCACUUUACCCCUA